AUGGAGUUGCCUAGGCGAGUCAAAUACCGUAAAGCCGUAAAGGCGGGGGAAGCAUUAAUUAGUUUUGGCAUUCUUCCCGGCCGUGAGCUGUGCACCUCCGGAGGGAGUAGGCGGCUGGGGGAACGGCCAGUGCGGCCAGCCGGCGGGAAUGGGUGGGUGGGGCCACGGGAACCCUGGGCGGGGAUGGAAGUAAGGGAAGGGGCGGGGAUGGAAGUAAGGGAAGGGGCGGGGAUGGAGGAAAGGGAAGGGGCGGGGAUGGGGAUGGAUGCCCCAAAACCACUCGGGUUCUACAGCUUCGGGAUUGACAGUGCUCUCCUGACCUCCUGCUCGAGGCUCACGGCGAGGGAAAGGAGGCACGACAAGCCUAGGAAGAGGAAGAACACAAGGGAUGAGUACUUCGCCAUAUAUGCCUAUUCUAAUUCUAUUUUUGGCAUCCUUCCCGGCCGUGACCUGUGCACCUCCGGAGGGAGUAGGCGGCUGGGGGAACGGCCAGUGCGGCCAGCCGGCAGGAAUGGGUGGGUGGGGCCACGGGAACCCUGGGCGGGGAUGGAAGUAAGGGAAGGGGCGGGGAUGGAAGUAAGGGAAGGGGCGGGGAUGGAGGAAAGGGAAGGGGCGGGGAUGGGGAUGGAUGCCCCAAAACCACUCGGGUUCUACAGCUUCGGGAUUGACAGUGCUCUCGUAGCUGACCUCCUGCUCGAGGCUCACGGCGAGGGAAAGGAGGCACGACAAGCCUAG